AUGUCCCGCAAAAUUUCUCGGCGGCGCGGCGGCCGGGGAAAAAGCGCCACAGUCUAUUUCGCGCGGUCGAUCUGGCAACACGGUAGUAGCAGCUGCGCCGACAUUUCGGGCGCAGGAGUCGCGGAUCGGUCGGCGCGCCGUAGUUUAGCGGCAGUUUCGAUCGCGACGUUGCUUCCGUUUUUUGUCACCACGGAAGAGUGUUGCCCGGAGGAGAAGAAGAGGGCCCGGCAGAAGGGCCCCGGGCCGACGGAGGUCCCGUUGGGUUGCCUGUCGGUCCUCUGCCUGCUUCUGUUAACUGGGAGAUCAUGGGCUGGGAGCAUCACCCUGCAGCUGCCUCCUGAAGUGCUGAACAUUGACGACGCUCCCCUGCACUUGGACUAUUCGCCAGCUGGCGGUACGCCCGCCCCCAACCUGACUUUCUUCACAGCCGACAAGAGGGAUGGGGUUGUGGUCCGAGAUGUCCUUCCCGGCACUGAAUACACCUUUCAUCUCUUCUACACUAAUGUCUCUUCCUACCGGGUCUGGACCACUAACGUCUUCACUGAACCAGACCCACCCAUCAAUUUAUCAGUGGAUGCCAGAGAAAGAAAGGUAGCAGAGCUGUUUUGGGAUCCUCCUCGAAAAGGGAACUACACGGGAUUUAAAGUUAAGGUGAUUCCUUUGUCAGACGAUGAUGAAUCUGCCUCUCGGGACUUUGACUCCAUCAAAUCUCCGUUUGCUCUUCGAGAUUUGAUACCCGGAGCUAGCUAUGAAGCCAGACUCUACUCGGUCUUCCAUGGAAAGGAAUCGCCAGUCUUUGUCUCCUCCAAUUUCACCACUAAACCAAGUCCACCGGGUCGUUUCAUUGUUUGGUAUCGUGAUAACACUACCCUUUUGGUGCUCUGGCAACCUCCAUAUCCAGCUGGCGUCUUUGAUCGCUAUCAGGUGAAAAUUUCUCCUCCAGAUGCCAACCAAAGUGUAUUGUAUGUUGAAAAGAAAGGAACACCUCCUGGGCCAGCCCAGGCUGCUUUUUAUGGUCUGGUUCCUGGUCGUGCUUACAAUAUAUCAGUGUACACUGUCAGCCUUCAUACCUUCAGUGAUCCUACUGAAGCUCAAUACAGAACUAUUCCAUUGCCUCCAACAAAUGUCACUGUUAAUUUGGAAUCUAUUACUCCAUAUUCUUUUACUGUUGAAUGGUCACCGCCAAAAUCUCUAUCUGAAUUUGAUAAAUACCAAGUAUCUCUUGGAUUUCGGUCACAGAUUGGACAGAUGAUUGAUCGUAAUGAAGAACGUAUGGUAGUGUUUGACAAGGAUUUAGAGCCUGGACAUACUUAUGAAGUUAUUGUGAAGACAAUUAGUGGCAAUGUUAGAAGUUGGGAGAUCACUAAGAAUAUCACUACUAGACCUCUGCCAGUUAUGUCAGUUAAUUCUUCAUUGUUAGCAACAAAUGUUUUAGUAGAGUGGCUUCCUAAUAAUGAAAGCAAACAAGAUUCUUAUAUGGUGAAAUAUAGCGAAUUUGAUACAUUUAACAGUGAUAACAACAUUAAAGUUGUAGAGGAANGAGCACUAAAAGGAUCUUUUCCAAUGCCCAUAAAGCAGACAGACAGCUGGGUGAUGAGAGAUAAGUUUUCUGAAUUAACAGAACCAACUCCACCUGUCAUUGAAAGUUCAGAUUCACUCAAGCAAAGUUUAAAUAUUUCAUGGAAAGCAGAUGUCACAAGUCUUCAAGAAUGGUAUUCAGUUAUAUAUAGUAGAAAUGAUACAAAAGAAAAGGAAGAACAUACCACUACUCAAACUUGGAUGAUUGUUGAUGAUUUAUAUCCUGGUGCCACAUACAAGUUUAAUGUUUAUGCUGUUAGUAAUGGUCUUUGGAGUGAUCCAGUUACUUAUAUGCAAACAAUUGCUCCAAAAGCACCAGAAAAUGUAAAAGUUAUUUCAUUUGACAAUUCUUCUAUGUAUCUGUCAUGGGAUUUUCCAUCAGAAUCAUUAGUAAACUAUUUUAUUAUCAGAUAUCAUCCUUCAAAUUCUUAUAUUUGGAGUAAUUCAGAACAGACUAAUACUACGAGAUAUGAAAUAAAAAAUUUGACAGCUGGAGAAGAAUAUGAAAUUGAAGUGACAUCUGCAAGUGGUCACAGUGAAAGUGUUCCGAUAAAAUUGAAACAGACUUUAUAUCCUAAUUCAAUUGAAAAUGUUAAAGCAAUUAUUGAUGCUUAUAAUGUAACAUUUAAAUGGGCACCUCCAGAAGGCGAAAUAGAGUUUUAUGAAAUACUUUAUCAACCUGUUAAAAAUAAUUCAGAACAAAAAUCACAAAUUUUGAAUAGUGACACAAAACAAGGAGAUGAAAUAAAUACUAUCAUAUACAAUUUGAAGCCUGGAGAGUUGUAUAAAUUUCAUUUUUAUGCUGUCAAUCAUAAUUUGAAAAGUAAAAGUUAUCAAAAAGUGAUAAGAACAUUACCUGUAAUUGAUUCUGUGAUCAAUAUUGUAACUGAUGAACACACAACAAGAACGCUGGGCAUCAAAUACACUCCAACUCCUACUCGAAAUGUAGUGUUUGAUCGUUACAGAAUACAACUGAAUGAUGAAUCUGUACCUGCAAAAGAAAACUCUUUUGAUGAUCCAAACAGGCUGAUUAAAUUUCAUGAUCUGGAACCUGGUCGAUUAUAUAAUAUUAGUAUCUGGACAAUUAGUGAUAACAUUAGGAGUAUUCCGAUUCAUAGACAAGCAAGACUGUAUCCCGAACCAAUAAAGGAGGUGUUUCCAAUUAGAAUUACAGAUACUGAAAUAACACUAGGAUGGGAUGAACCUUUGGGAGAUAAAGAUAGUUAUGAAGUUGAAUAUCAAGAUCAUCAAGGACAUUUAAUAAGAAAUGUUACAAAUAAUGAGCAAAUAUCGUACAAAAAUAUGAAACCUCAUCAUAAUUAUACAUUUUUGGUAACAGUUAUCAGCGGUUAUAAUACUUCAACCAUAAAACGUAGUCGUCCAAUUUCUCAAACUUAUCAAACUCAAGAAUCUGUACCUGGAAAAACUCACAAGUUUGAUACUAUCAAUAUUAAACCUAAUGAAGUUACAUUGAGAUGGAUUCUUCCCGAAGAUGAACAAAAUGGAAUAAUUACUGGAUUCAAGAUAACAUAUUAUGUUAAGGGCUCUUCUCUUUUGCAUCAUGAAUUAUUUGACUCAACAGAUACAAGAGGGAUAAUUGAUAAUCUCAUUCCAGGAAAAAUUUAUAUAUUUCAGAUCCAAGCACAUACUAAAGUAGGACCUGGAGUAAAAUCACAAAUUGAAUUCAAGACACCAAUAUGGGCUCCACCUUCUCCAGAAAAUCAUAUUUUUCCUAUUGAAGUAAGCCAUAGCACGACUUCAAUUACAAUUAGAUUUCGAAAAAAUUUCUUUUCUGAAAUAUUUGGACCAAUAAAAAGUUAUGCAAUUAUUGUAGCAGAAGAUGAAACAAAGAAAUCAAAUACAUUACAACUUCCUUCUUGGAAAGAUGUACAAGGGCAAUCAAAGUGGCCACCAUAUCAAGUAUGUUAUGUUUGAUGCUUUACACUUUCCUUAGAUUUACUGUAGAGACUGAUUUUUAUUAAAAUUU